GCAUUCUGCUCCGAGUCUGCCAUUUUUUGCAAGCCACCCGAAUCGCCCGCCAUGGCACCAAAACUCGUCCUCAUCCGCCAUGCACAAGCGCAGCACAACGCCACCGGCGACUGGUCCAUCCGCGACCCGCCACUGACGGAGCUGGGAGAGCAGCAAUGCCGCGAGUUGCACGAGCACCUCAGACAGACCAAGAUUGGCAACGAGAUCGAGCUCAUUGUCGUGAGCGCACAAAGAAGAACGCUGCAGACGGCCACAAUUGGACUUGACUGGCUGAUCAAGAAGGGCAUCAAGGUCCUCCCCGACGCGAAUUGGCAAGAAAAUGCAGACAAGCCCUGUGAUACCGGUAGCCCUCUUGACGUCAUUUCAAGCGAGUUUCCACAGUACGACUUUUCCGUAGUCGACCCGUCCUUCCCAGACAAGACGACGAAUCUCGCCCAGAACCCCUAUGCAUUCACCGAAAAGGCCAUUGUCGCGCGCGGCCAGACGUGUCUGCGGGACCUGUAUGCGCGUCCGGAAAAGGUGAUUGCUGUCGUUUCGCACUCUGGCUUCUUGCGCACGGCCGUGUGCAAUCGCAUGUUCUUCAACGCCGACUACCGUGUGUUUGAAUUCGACCAAGAGGCCAUGGCGGAGAAGCCGGGAAAGUUUGUUCUCAAGGAGACGGGCGAGACGGAGAAGAACGGUGGCGGCAUGGGCAGAAGCGAUAUUGGUGUUUUUGGCAUUGUGCCGGGCGACUUUCCGCCAGAGGUAGGCGAGGAAGAGACGGCCAAGAAAGCCGACGAGGUGAAUGGCGAAGCUACCAAGCAAAAGCCCGUCAUCUGAGCUGUUCGCCCAGCAUGCCUGCCAUGGUAUGCGCUGGUACGGACGUUGACAAGCAAUAGAGUUAGACAUGUGUUCACUUUUCCAGGUGGAUAUGCAACAGAACAAAGACACUAGACAUUUGCC